UCAAGAACUCAUCAUCAUUCUUCCCUAUUGCUUCACUCACAAGCUAUUACCCACAAACAUGGUCACCAAACAUUCUAUUAGUACCUUCACAUGCAAGAAACUCUUUACCGGCCCAUGCAAAAGCUUCAUUCGCCUCUUUAAAUUCAAAACACCAAUCUCUAUAAGAAGAUCUAUUCGUCCUCGCAAAACAAAACCAAAAAACACGCGCCAUUUGGGUUGUUUAACGUCGUUUUUCAGGUCGUUAAGAACGAAAAAGGACAUGGAUCGGGUGAUGGAGCUCAAGAGCUUUUCAGACGGUGGGUAUGUGCAAAAGGCACCAUGCCCAUCACCUCCUACCCCAGCAUAUAUCAAGAUGGCAAGAACUGCGAUGGUGGAAGAAGACAAUGAUGGUGAAGACGCUUGCCAGAGGUUUGAGAAUUAUCUAGUGAAAAUGAUAGCAGAAGAAGGGAAAAUGAAGGAUUUGGUGGAUGUGGAAGAGCUUCUAUAUUGUUGGAAGAACCUCAAGAGUCCAGUGUUCAUGAACUUGGUGUGUAGGUUUUAUGGGGAGCUUUGUAAAGAUUUGUUUUCUAGCCAUGUUGAUAAUGAUGAUGAUGAAAUUCGUAGCCUAAUGUAGGUUAUAUUUUUUUUUAAUGGAACUUGGAUAAAAAGGCAUUGAUGUCACUUUUUGGGUAUUCAUUAAUUGCGUUGAGUGUUA